AUGACUAAAAUAAAAGAAAAUAUGUCUGUACCGCUUUCCUAUGAUCAAGUGGUUGAACAAUAUAUUUCACUGAAAAUUGUAAUGAUUUCAUAUUUUAUUUCAGUGCUUGGAUCAUAUACAACGCUUGAGCUGCUUCGUCGGCGUACUUCAAUGCGUGGAGUGUUUAAUUGGUCUUUACUAAUAUGUUCGGCACUUUCUAUGGGGGGAGUUGCAAUAUGGAGUAUGCAUUUUCUUGGCAAUCGGGCAAUUAUUCUUCAUGAUGGGCGUGCAGAACAUCAAUUGGCAUAUAGUAUGGGGUUUACAGCGCUUUCCUUUUUUCUGCCAAUACUUGUUCUUUUACUGGCAUAUCUGUUGAUUGGAACAAAUGAAAAAGUAUCCUGUUUACGUAUUCUUGCAGGAGGUACGUUUGGGGGAUUGGCUAUUUGUGGUAUGCAUUAUACUGGUCAAGCGGGUAUUUCAAAUUAUAUGGCCUCAUAUAAUAUCGGAUAUGUAAUUGGAUCAGUUAUUAUUGCAGUUUGUGCUACUGUAUCCACGUUAACGCUCUUUUUUUCACUUCAAUCUAAAUGGACAAAUGCAUGGUGCAAGCUGGCGGGGUGCUCUUUUUUACUUGCAGCUAGUGUUUCAGGUAUGCAUUGGGUUGCAUCCUUAGGUACAACUUAUCGGUUUCGUCAUAUAGUCAUUAAUAAUGUAUCACAAACAAGUACCAUUAUUUUCAUUGGAGCUAUUUCAAGUGCUGCAUGUAUUGCACUUUUAGUUUUGGCAUUUGAGGCAACUCGCCGAAUGAAGGCUAGGAAAGACCGAGCGCAAAAAGUAGUCCUUACGCGUGCUAUUUUUGAUCCCGAUGGAAAAAUGCUAGUGACAAUUGAUGGGAUGUUUAUUUCUCACGAAAUUACAGAUACAUAUCAUGAACGAUCAUUGAAUGAUGAAUUUGACAUAGAUCAUCCUGUUUUUUGUUGGAUUUACAAAGUUAGUCGUUCAUGGAAAAGUGUUAUGGAUUUGGUUCCGAUUAUAAAAGAACAUUUUAAGAUAUCUAAUCCCUCGGAUAAUCAGAAUAUUGAUUACUCAUUAAUCUUUAAAGAGCGAUUUAUUGUAGCUGCUAUACGGCUUGCAGAGCUGCUUCAUGAAUCGUUAGAUCAAAUAGGUGUUCUUUAUGAUGGUAUUAUGAAAACAGGACAAAAAAAGGAACGGACGACGAAACAAGAGAAUGGGUCACCUAAGCCGGUGCUAAGAUUAUAUGGAAAAGGCCAAAUGUUGUUUCUUGUUAAACAUGCAAGUCGAGCAGAAUGUAGUCGAUAUUUAUCAUAUGGAUUUCGAUUUGCACAGGUGCAUUUGAUUUUAGAUGGACUUGCUCGGUCACUUCAGGUUCCUAAAGUUGAAAUUGCAGAAUAUAUUGAAUGCAUGAAACAAUAUCAAUUAAAUAGUGAUUCGUAUAAGCCAGGAAUUUAUGUAGGUAUUUUCGCCGUAAAAGCACAUGUACACAAUGGCUUGAAAAUCGUGGUGGAUAAACAAAAUGAUUCUAUGAUACCAGGUAAAAGACUAUCGCAUCGAAUCCUUGAUCAGGAACAAAUAAUGUUCUUAAAAUCUAUCGAAAACAUGACAGCUAAACAAGUAUUUCAGCUUUUAAAUCAAUCUGGUCAACAGCAGACUUUUGAUUCUUCUAUAUCUUUAUUUAAAGCGGAACUGAAAGAUUCCUUAAUCCAUAUUAGUCAGUGCAUUGAUGAAUACACUUUUCAAGAUGCAGUCUUAAUCCCAGAACUCAUACGUGUUCCAUGCUCAGGCCAAUACCAAGGAAAAUAUGCAACUCUUAUUAUAUUCCGCCAUGUUAUACCAAUUCAUGUUUAUUUGCAAACUAAUGAUCGCAUUAAAUUUAUGCCACUCAAUCUUUUCAAAGCACAUCAAUGGUCCGUUUUAGGUCAUGGAGAAGUAUUAUUCACACAAGACGUACAACGCGAGUUUUCUCCUAUUAUUAAUGAUCUUGAACGUGUCCAGACUUCCCAUUCAUCUUAUCCUGUCAUUACGAGUAUAAAGAAAUCAGAGGAAAAUUUUGAUCCAAGUUUAUUUGGUAUAACCGUUUCCAAAUCAGUUAGUGUUUCAGUCGAAGACCAAUAUAGCAUCCAUCCAUCUACAAUGACAACUAAUCAAACUGCUGUUUCUGCUAUCAAUCGUGAAACAUUGUGGGUAGAUGAUGUGUUAACAGGAAUCAUAUGGAAUCAUUGA